UGUCGCGGGGUCGAUAUAUAUAUGUAUGGAUUAUGUACAUGUAUGUAUAUAUAUAUUAUAGCUUGGACAAUGCUCGUCCCGUCUUUGAUUGUGUUAACGUUCCCUAGAGGGACAGAAUUCUAAACUAAUCUUACCUAACCUUACCCAGCCUUAACCCUAAGGUUAGGUAAGGAGGACUUAAGCAUAUAAAUAUGCAACAAGUAGUUGAGAACUAAGAACUGAGAACUGAUGAGAAACGAUCGUUUCUCCAGUAUAAAUUCGGGCCUUAUAUUUCCUGAUAGUACCAUCGAAUUGGGCACGACGAAACUUGAGCCUGAGCCGUCAUAAGUAGUCGUGAGUUUCAAACUUUUCGACUAAUUUUAAAUGACAUGAUAUCUCAUGACGAGAUAAAAGUUGAAAUAGUUCCGUUUAAUGGAGAAAGAAUCGAAGGAAAAGAAGAAACUGUCGUUUUUGUUGAGCAAUUUGUCAAAGACGUUUGUGAUUUUAGUUCCCAGUAUGGAAGUAAUAUUAGCAUUUCGUAUACUGCCUAUAACAUCGCUGGAAAUCCCAGCAAAUUUCCCGAUUACGGGGAUUUUCCACAAGCUUUUGUCAUGAGAACGUAUGGUCAAUGGUGGGAUAAAGCACCUUCGAGACUAAUAGAUUAUAUGCCACAGAACAAUGUGGAUGUCGUGAGCCAAGAUUAUAUAGAUUUAGAAUAUUAUCAAGAGGUAUAUCCAAUUAGAGUUUCAAUAUAUGAGACUUACAAUCCUGGUAGUGUGAUUGGAAUUUGGGCACAAAGUUCAGAAGGCAAAUGGUAUCAGUUAUGGAGUGGAUUUCCUCAAACUGUACCACACAAAUCAAGAAUAUUUACUCCACAAUUGCAGCUAUGUAACUUUAAAACCAAAAUGAUAAGACUGGAAUUUAAUCAUAGUUUAUUGGACUAUUAUACCGAGUUAGACGCUGUGUUACUUAUUGGUACAUCCGAGCUAAUUGUACCGAAUAAUUUUCAUAAUCAAAAUUUAAAUGAUCUUUCACUAGAAUUGGGUUACCUUAAGCAAAGUGAAGAAGAUAGUUAUAAUUUAACUCCAGAUAUUUUAAAGGCAAAUCAAGAUUUAACGAUUCUGAAGAAAACACUCUCCAAGCAUUGUAAGCUUUUUAAAAGCAAAGUAAUCGAUAAUUUAUCCAAAGGCAAAUUAAUAUCUAAAAUAGGCCAACACUAUCAAUCCGUCCCGCCUAUAGAAGAAGCAUUCAAUAGCUUACAACAAUUUUUACAAGAAGAUUUUCCUAAACUCAUUAGAGACAUUCAUCACUCGAUACCAAAUGCCUUAAGCCCACAGGACAAUUCCCUCCAAGGAAAAAUUUUGAUACCUUCAACCGCCGUUGAGACUCAACCACGCGGUAGUUUUUCAGCACUUCCGGAUGAAACGGUACUAAAAAUUUUAAAGAAUUUAGAUCUAAAAUCGUUGUGCCGUUUAUGCAGAGUAAAUAGAUAUUUUCAUAAUAUUGCAAGGGAUGCUUUGUUGUACACAAGUCUCAACUUAAAACCUUACUGGCAUUGUUUCAAUGCAUUUGCCUUAAAUAAUUUGGCACCUAGGUGUCAUUAUUUACAACGACUGGACCUUUCAUGGUGUGGAAAUUAUAACAUGAUUAAACCCAAAGAUUUUAUAGAAUUUCUUCAUACAUCUGGAACACUUUUGACACAUUUAAGACUAAACUGUUGUCAAUUUGUAAAUGAUACCGUUAUCCAUGAUAUUUCAAAAGUAUGCAAGAAUUUAAAAGAAUUAUGUUUGCGUAAAUGUAUGAGUAUAACAAACGAAGGAUUCUCCAAGCUUGAAAACCUCAAGUUCCUCGAACGGUUGGAACUUUGCAGGACGAUCAUCGAAACUUCUGCGUUGUGUUCUAUUCUGCGUAAAAAUACUCAAAUGCGACAUUUAAAUUUAGCAGGAAUGCACGAACGUCUAAACAUAGACGAAGUCGCAGUUGAAUUAGGAAACUCCUGUCCGUACUUAGAGAGCGUCGAUUUUUGGAAAGGUCAAACCUUAACUCCGCACGGAGUUCGAGCUUUGUCUCAUUGUACUAAUCUCCGAGAAGUUGAUUUUGGAUGGUGUGGUGGUAUGGGCGCUCCUGGUGACUCGUUAAGAGCAUUACUAUUUUCCUGUCGCUAUUUAGAAAAAGUAUUCCUCGCAGCGCUUAGAGGAUUAACAGAUCGAGAUUUAGAACCACUUCUAUUAUGUCAACGAUUGCAACAGCUAGAUUUAUUAGGGGCGCGUUCCCUUACCCCUGAUAUAUGUUACGGUUUUCUACUAUUCUGUCCAAAAUUGGAAAUGAUCGAUCUCAGUUUUUGUGAAGGUAUCAACGAGUUUAUAGUACAAGAAUGGCGUCAGCAAUAUCCGCAAGUCUCCUUCAAAAGAAGUUUCCAAGCAUUCCACAAUAUUUAUUAGAUUAACUUUCGCGCAUUCUAAAAAUAGACAGGCCUUAUUUUAUAAUUCUCCUGAGCGUUUGUACUUUCCUUCCAUUGAAAUCCUACAAGACUGUAAUGUAUGUGUAUAUAAUUACCUGUGAGAUAUAAUUAUUGAAGUGUGUGUAAUUUAUGUACGUGCUUUUUAUAAAGG